AUGAUGAAUUCCUCGAGGCUCGCCCUGAAGCGAGGCACAUGCCAGUCCCUUCGCGCCACGACGAAGCACCAGAGUGCUCCUUACUCGAGUGCGCGAUUCACGCAGCCGCCCCGUCGCCGGGGGGGCAAGCUCCUCGGCUUCGCCGCCGUGUUCGGCAUCGCGGGCGCCGGUGCCUACUACUACCCGCGCCUCAUGGCCGGCGACAACCCCGACGAGAAGGCGCGCCCCAAGGUCGAGCUGGAGUUUGAGCAGCCCCGACAGAGGGCGGCCUCGGCCGAGGAGUACCGCGAUCUCCUGAGCUCGCAGCACGUGCAGAUCAAACAAAGUCUCGAACACCCUGGCGUCUACGCGUGGGGCUCCAACGCCGGCAAGGUCAUUGACCCCGACGCCGACGACAAGUACAUUAAGCGCCCGCGACGCAUCGCCUACUUUGACGACAAGCUGCUGCGCGACCUGAAGCUCACGGCGGGCUUUGGCGCGGCCGUCACUGAGAACGGCGACCUGGUGCAGUGGGGCGCCGGCUUCUCGCAGGCCGAUCCCACGCCCUGCCUCACGCUGCGCGGCAAGGACCUGGCCAAGAUUGAGGUGUCGGCCGACCGCAUCAUGGCGCUGUCGCGGAGCGGCCGUGUGUACUCGGUACCGGCGUCUCGAAACGACGUCGAGGGCGGCGUUGACGAGCGCAAGAACUGCUGGUCGCUGUGGAGCACCUCGGGCAAGGCGGCGGUCAACUUUCGAGAUGUCACGCCUAGUGGCCUGGGCUGGGGCGAGCACGUUACAGACGUCCGGAGUGGUCUCGAGCAUGCGCUGAUUCUGACAUCCAAGGGUCGCGUUUUCGCGGCGGCGUCCUCGGUCGCCUCGUACCCUUCCAAGGGCCAGAUGGGAAUCCCUGGCCUGUCGUGGGAGACUCGGCCUGCAGGACCGUACGACCAGCCGCAGGAAAUCAAGGAGCUCUCUGGAUUUCAGAUCACACACAUUGCCGCUGGCGACUACCACUCGGCUGUUCUUGACAAGACUGGGCGCAUCUUUGCAUUUGGCGACAACACGUUUGGCCAGCUGGGCUUUGAGUCAGAUGGGGUGCCCGUCAGCUACGCGCCCAACAUGGUGGCCGUGAGUCAGCUCUACGCCAAGAGCGGGCUGGUGGCUACUGUGACCUCUAUCGCUGCGGGCGGCGUCAAUACGUAUUUUACAGUCGACGCCGAAGCACCAAAGACGCAAGACAGUGGCAGCGCUGCCCCGUCAAAGAGAAUGCCACGUACGACGUCGGACCUUUGGGCCACUGGUCAAGGCACCUACGGCACGUUGGGUACCGGACGAUGGACGCAUGUUUCCACGGCCCCCACAAAGGUCAAGGCGCUCUCGGGUCUGUUCGAGUUUGACGAAGGCAAGAAUGCGAUGCGGCCGAUCCGGCUCAAGGGCUUGCAGGUGGGCACGACGCACUGCGCGGCCGUCAUGGACAAUGUGACAAAGACGAGCGCCUCGAGCAAGUCGUCGUCGGCCAACGAGACCAACUGGGGCUCGGAUGUGCUGUUUUGGGGCGGCAACGAGCACUACCAGCUGGGCACGGGCAAGCGCACGAAUCUGAACGCGCCGGCCUACAUUGGCCCUCUGGACGGCGGCGACGCGGACGCUGCCAAGGGCCGGAAAGGCGAGAUGCACCGCCUGUGUCUCACGCCAAAACAGACGGCUCGUCUGGGGGAGGAUGGCAAGGGCAGGAAGGCGACGCUGGAGCAAAAGGUCGAGUGUGGGCGUUAUGUAACGGGCGUGUAUUCGGCUGUUUGA